AUAUACACCACACCACAGUCAAAUUUAAACUAGAGGAAAAAUGGUCGAACUCGCCUAUCAUUGCUGACUAAACUUUGACAUUAUAUUACAACUGCUGACUUUGACAGAAGAAAUUGAGGUUAUGGUAUUUGUUUUGAUUUCCCCACAAGACCCCCUUCAUACAACUUGUGGCACCCAUGAGUGAAAAUAACCCUGAAAUCCAGGACGACUGGCUGAUUAGAAAAUGUGCGGUUUACGAUGAAGAAUAUAAGGACUGCACCUCAAUCAGAGCCAGACUAAAUCAACUAUUCAUAUUUGGCAAGACCUUAGAUUGUGGACAGUGGAAGCGAGACUCGAUUAACUGCUAUAAAUGGCUUGAGGGUGAUGUAAAGGCAGGAGAAGAGUUAGUUCAUUCAGAGAAACAAAGAAGAAAAGAACGCCUGGGGGCCCAUUACAAGAAUGACGUCUGGACCAAGCGGAAAAGCCCUCCGGAAAAUUGGGCUUCUCCGUUGCCUGAAUACAUACAAAAAGAAUAUGAGAAUAGCUAUCUUAAUGUUAAAUCAAAAGAGAUGAAAGGAGAAGUACCACCAUCUUUUGACCCUCAUUUCCAAUGUACAAUUUUGUGACAGCACUAGGAACAGAAAAAGUUGUUAUUUAUUUAUAAGUAGUUUAUUAUAUAGACUUUACACCUAG